AUGGUGAAAACUACAUAUGUAAUUCGAGAUGAUGAAAAAUUAUUAGUUGUUCCUGCUAUUCCAAAUGUUUCUAAAUACAUUGCUCGAAUAAAUCAAUUAAAAGCAGAGUUGGAAGCAGAAAAGGCAAGUAGAGACAACUGGAAAACUAAAUUUGAAAAUGCUGAAAUAAAACCAGCUGACCUUCCUGCUAAUUGGAGAACUGAAUUAGCUCGUAUCACUGAUUUGGAAAAAAGACCUGAUAUCCCUAUUUCUAAAAAAUUAAGCAAUGAAAUAACCAAACUUAAAGGAGAAAAACAACAAAUCAUCAAAGAACGAGAUAAUUAUAAAACUCAACUCACCCAAAAAGAAAAUCAGUUAGAACAAACCAUUAAGGAUUUUCAAGAAAAAGAAAAAACCAAACACCAAGAAUAUUUACAACUCUUAACUAAAAAAGAUAAAGAUUGA